UUACACGUCAAAAUAAGUGUGUCUGGCACGUUGGAAGCGAGUGGCGAAGCCAGGCGAAAGUUGCAUCUGCCUGCGCGCGUUGCCGACGGUCCGCGGUAUUAUUUGUUGACAUACGCUUGCGAGGGAGUACCACGCCACAAUGCCGACUGUAGGCGUUAAAGCAGCUCUGCUGUUUGAAGCCUUGGGGAGAACAUACACCGAAGAGGAAUUCGCAGACCUGUGCUUCGAGUAUGGAUUGGAGCUGGACGAAGUUACAAGUGAAAAACAGAUGCUCUCAAAAGAGCAAGGCAGCAUGAAAGCUGAAGGUGCGUCGGAAGAAGUCAUCUUUCGUGUUGACAUCCCUGCAAAUAGGUACGACUUGCUCUGUCUCGAAGGACUGGUACGGGCGCUGCUCAUCUUCAAGGGAAAGAUUGAACCACCGUGUUACCGAGCCCUGCACCCAGCUGCGCUGCAAACUCUACACGUCAAGCCUAGCACUGCAUCAGUACGGCCGUAUGUGGUGGCUGCCAUUCUGCGUGAUGUGACCUUCAACCAGGACCGGUACAACAGCUUCAUUGACCUCCAGGACAAGCUACAUCAAAACAUUGGCAGGAGGCGCACAAUUGUAUCCAUAGGAACCCAUGACCUGGACACUGUGCAGGGACCUUUUGUCUACGAUGCACGGAGCCCCAAGGACAUUCGCUUUGUACCGCUCAAUGAUACAGUUGAACGCUCAGCUGAGGAACUGAUGGACCUUUAUUCGAAGGACAGUCACCUUCGGCACUACCUGCACAUUAUCAAAGACGAACCCGUGUAUCCAGUUAUCGAAGAUGCCAACGGCACCGUACUCUCACUACCUCCAAUCAUUAAUGGCAACCACUCCAAGAUUACAUUGUCAACACGUAAUGUGCUGAUUGAAGUGACGGCUACAGAUCUGCACAAGUCAAAAGUUGUUUUGGACACCAUGGUCACAAUGUUCAGUGAAUACUGCAAGGAGCCUUUCACUGCAGAGAAGGUCCAAGUCGUCAUGCCUGAUGGGACGUCGGCAUUUUAUCCUGAGCUGAAGUACUGGACACUGGAUGUCGAAACUAAGGACAUCAAUGGCCUGCUUGGACUUAGUCAGAGCGAGCAGCAGCUGUGUGACCUGUUGGGCCGGAUGAGCCUGAAGACCAAGGUGGCAGAAGGGGAGAAGCUGCAGGUAGAAGUGCCCCCGACGCGGCACGAUGUGCUUCAUGCGGCCGAUGUCUAUGAAGAUGUGGCCGUCUCGUUUGGCUAUGACAACCUGCCUCGAGAGAUGCCACCCACUUGCACUACUGGACAGCAGCUGCCUAUCAACAAGCUCACCGAACAGCUGCGAAUGGAGAUUGCGCAUGCAGGAUUCACUGAGGCAUUGACUUUUGCCCUGUGCUCAGAGCAGGACAUUGCUGAGAAGAUUCGCAAGCCUGAUGGCAGCAAAAUUGCUGUGCAUGUCUCAAACCCAAAGACACUUGAAUUCCAGGUAGCUAGAACAACACUGCUGCCAGGACUGUUGAAAACACUGAAUGCCAACAAGAAAAUGCCUCUGCCCCUCAAGCUGUUUGAAAUUUCAGAUGUUGUUUUGAAAGAGGAUAAUGAUGAAAUCGGAGCCGUGAACCAGCGCCGCCUGUGUGCCUUGUACUGCGGCAAGACAACAGGCUUUGAGAUUGUACAUGGCCUUCUUGACCGCACCAUGCAGCUACUGAGUGUUCCCUUUGGCGAUGGGCCUGAGCACUACCGCCUACAACCCACUGAGGAUGCCACCUUCUUCCCAGGCAGAUGUGCAGAAGUUCUAGUCCGGGGAAAGGCUGUGGGCACUAUUGGUGUUCUGCAUCCUGAAGUAAUAGCAGCCUUUGACCUCAGUCUUCCUUGUUCAGUUCUAGAAAUCAACAUUGAGCCAUUUGUCUAGCUGCUCAUAGCAAGCGAUCUUGGACUUUUCCUGGUGCAAGCUUUUUUAUGGGAACAUAAAGUGGACUUUGCAAGUGCAAGCUAAAUUAAUCUGCAUGCUUUGGACUAUUUCUGAACAGCAUGCUUUUCUUUUUUAAACUGUGGAAGUUGGAUCACCUUUGAACCAUUCUUGGUAUGCACAUGUACGACAAAGGUCACUUCUCUACUUAUCUCGCCAUUGCAAAAACUGUGCAUUGUUCAGACCAAAUAAAGAAAGAAGGGCAAGUGACAAGAAAGUUAGUUCCACACUAAAUAAAGUCCUCUUGGCUAAAA